GUCCAGCGUAUGACUGUGACAGUGAGUGGGUCCGGAGACAUGUUGGACAAAACUAGGUCCAGCGUAUGACUGUGACAGUGAGUGGGUCCAGAGACAUGUUGGACAAAACCCACCGAGUCGAUGACGGCUCCGAAAGACUUUUGGUGUGGGUAUGUGGAAUUUUCUAUGUGAAUAUUAAAGUCACCAAAAAUGUGAAUAUUAUCUGCCAGGACUACAAGGUCUGAUAGGAAUCCAGGGAACUCAGUGAGGAACACUGUGUACGGCCCAGGAGGCCUGUAAACAGUAGCUAUAAAAAGUGAUUGAGUAGGCUGCAUAGAUUUCAUGACUAGAAGCUCAAAAGAUGAAAACGCAGUCAUUUGUUUUUGUAAAUUGAAAUUUGCUAUCUUAAAUGUUAGCGACACCUCUGCCUUUGCGGGAUGCGCGGGGGAUAUGGUCACUAGUGUAACCAAGAGGCGAGGCCUCAUUUACCACAGUAAAUUCAUCAGGCUUAAGCCAUGCUUCAGUCAGUCCAAUCACAUCAAGAUAAUGAUCAGUGAUUAGUUAAUUGACUAUAACUGCCUUGGAAGUGAGGGAAAUGGAGUCGCCAAUGACUAGAGUUUUCAAUUUGUCAGAGGUAAGGGUGGGAGGCUUCGGCGGCUCAGAUACAGUAAUGGAUGGAGGAGAGACCAGAGAAGGCUCGGCCUCUGACUCCGACUCGUUGCUUAAUGCCGGAGGUCCUGUAGAACCAUGUCCAGAUAAAGUGUCCGGGGAGAAAAAGUGGAGGGGAAGAAAAAAAAUAUAUAAAAAACGGUUUAAAAAAAUAAAAAGGAAAAACUGUAAAGUUGGCUGGUAGUAAAGUAACGUUAGCAACAAACCGCAAGCAGCACGUAAACAAGUCCACAAGUUGUGACCGGAAAUGACAACACAAGUUCUUCAAGUGUGAUGCAUUGUUUUGGACACAUAGGGCGCCAUUUUGUGAAAGCGAAUCUGGGGGUUUUCUAUAUGAAAAUGGCGCCCAUAGUCACUUCCUGUUUCUGUGACAGUAAGAUGGAAAGUCGAAGUCAUGACAUUAACAGUCACUUCACAGCAACAAGUUUAUUUGGGGAUUUUCAUUUCCUGUCAAUGCUAAACACAUAAAUACAAGUCAAAUGACACAUUUGUAUCCUUCAUGAAUUGUAUUUUGCUAUUGUAAAAACAUCUGCAAUUGUAUUUAGUAGUUUUUCUACAUAUUAUAUAAUACAAAUCAAUAUACUGGGAUUUAUUUUCUGUGUUCACUCACAGAUCUCAUAGAGACAAAGAGAUGGGGAGCAACUGCUCCAAAAGGAGGAGAGAAGAGGGAGACACUGAAGGAAGGAGAGAAGAGGGGGACACUGAAGGAAGGAGAGAAGAGGGGGACACUGAAGGAAGGAGAGAAGAGGGAGACACUGAAGGAUGGAGAGAAGAGGGGGACACUGAAGGGAGGAGAGAGGAGGGGGACACUGAAGGAAGGAGAGAAGAGGGGGACACUGAAGGGAGGAGAGAAGAGGGGGACACUGAAGGAAGGAGAGAAGAGGGGGACACUGAAGGAAGGAGAGAAGAGGGGGACACUGAAGGAAGGAGAGAAGAGGGGGACACUGAAGGAAGGAGAGAAGAGGGGGACACUGAAGGAAGGAGAGAAGAGGGGGACACUGAAGGAAGGAGAGAAGAGGGGGACACUGAAGGAAGGAGAGAAGAGGGGGACACUGAAGGAAGGAGAGAAGAGGGGGACACUGAAGGAAGGAGAGAAGAGGGGGACACUGAAGGAAGGAGAGAAGAGGGGGACACUGAAGGAAGGAGAGAAGAGGGAGACACUGAAGGAAGGAGAGAAGAGGGGGACACUGAAGGAAGGAGAGAAGAGGGGGACACUGAAGGAAGGAGAGAAGAGGGGGACACUGAAGGAAGGAGAGAAGAGGGGGACAGUAAAUGGAGGACAGAAGAGGGGGACAGUAAAGGGAGGACAGAAGAGGAGGACAGUAAAGGGAGGAGAGAAGAGGUAGACACUGAAGGGAGGAGAGAAGAGGAGGACACUGAAGGGAGGAGAGAAGAGGAGGACACUGAAGGGAGGAGAGAAGACCGUGACAAUGUCAACAGUGAAGCAACGUCCUUUGACCAAAUACCCCCCCACUCUCUUGAUUCACUUGAGACAGAGAAGAGACGUGAAGAAAGAGGGCGGACCUCAUUCAGAGGGUUACCAUGGUGAUGCCCAUAGCAGAUAAACUGUUCCAGUGGCGUAUGAUGCACAAAGAGGCGUACAAUAAGAUCCGUGCUGCCCGGACCAGACAGGAUCAGAUGAGGGAGCUGUACGAGGUCUUAAACACAGACAAAGUCAAAUCAGCCUUCUAUAGGCUCCUUCGGACGGAAGAGCCUCAUUUGGUCCAGGAGCCAGUGGAUGACGACACAAAAAUAAUUAAGGACGAACUUAAAGACAGUCUGAAGAAGAAGUUUGGAUUUGUGUUUGAAGGCACCGCAGUGGAACAAACUCCCCUCAACAGCAUCUACACACAGCUCUACAUCACACAAGGACAGAGUGAAGGGGUUAAUAGCGAACAUGAGAUCCGGCAGAUUGAAUAUACACGCAGGGCAAAAAAAUCUACAGACACUCCAAUCAACUGCAAUGACAUCUUCAAACCCUUAUCUGGAGAAGACAGAGAAAAGGAGAGACCCAUCAGAACUGUGCUGAUGAAGGGCAUCGCUGGCAUUGGAAAAACAGUCUCUGUGCAGAAGUUCAUCCUCGACUGGGCUAAAAGAAAAGCUAAUCAGGAUGUUGAUUUCAUCUUUGUGCUUCCACUCCGAGAGCUGAAUCUGAUUCAAGAUGACCAGUACAGUCUUCAUGGACUUUUGCGUUACUUCCACCCUGAACUUAAAGAGAUAGAAGAGGCAAAGACAUAUGAUACCUGCAAAGUCAUGUUCAUCUUUGAUGGUCUGGAUGAAAGCAGACUGCCAUUAGGUUUUCAUCAGAACAAGAAGUUGACUGAUCUAACUGAGACAUCAUCAGUUGACAGGUUGAUGACAAACCUCAUUGAGGGGAAUCUACUCCCCGAAGCUCUCCUCUGGAUAACCUCCCGACCAGCAGCAGCCAAUCAGGUCCCCUGUAAGUACAUCGACAAGGUGACAGAAGUACGAGGGUUCAACGACAAACAGAAAGAAGAAUACUUUAAGAAGAAUGUUGAGGAUGAGAACCGGGCCAGGAGAAUCAUCUCACACAUUAAUACAUCAAGGAGCCUCCACAUCAUGUGCCACAUACCAGUCUUCUGUUGGAUUACUGCCAGGGUUCUUGAGCAAAUGUUGAGUGAAGAUGAAAGUGGAGAGAUCACAACUCUGACUGAGAUGUACAAUCACUUCCUGCUCAUUCAGACAAACCUGAAAAGCAAGAAGUACGAUGGGGAAAAGGAGACAGAUCUGGACAUAAUCAUAGAAAGAAACAAAGAAAUAAUUCUCAAACUGGCACAACUUGCAUUUGAACAGCUGGUGAAGGGCAAUCUCAUAUUCUCUAAGAAAGACCUGGAGGAGUGUGGCAUUGAUGUCAGUGAAGCCUCAGUGUACUCUGGGUUUUGCACAGAAAUCCUGAAAGAAGAGUAUGGGCUGUAUCGGAAGAAAGUGUACUGCUUUGUCCACCUGAGCUUCCAGGAGUUCCUUGCUGCUCUGUACGUGUUCCACUGCUGUGCGAGUAAGAACAUCAGGGCCCUGGAGUCUGUCAUUGGGGAUGUGUCAUCAGAGCUGUCCUUGCAUGUGCUGCUGAAGAUGAUGGUGGAUAAAGCCUUGGAGAGUGAAAAUGGACACCUGGACCUGUUCCUCCGCUUCCUUGUUGGCAUCUCAACAGAAUCCAACCAGAAACUGUUACAAGACCUACUGCCACAAACAGAGAUCAGCUCAGAGACUGUUAAGGAAAUUAAGAAAUACCUCCGGAAGCCAAAUGUAGAUAAAGUCUCACCUGAUAGGUACAUCAAUCUACUCAUCUGCUUGACUGAGAUGAAAGAUGAUUCAGUACAUGAGGACAUUGACAAGUUCCUGAAGUCAGGAAAGGAACUUGCAGGUGCACACCUCUCAUCACUGGCCAACGCACUGCUGAUGUCAAAGGGUGUUCUGGAUGAGAUUGACCUGAGGACAUACAACUUGUCCCCUGGGUGUACGAGACUGGUCCCAGCUGUAAGGAAAUGGAGAAAGGCCAUACUGAUUGGCUUUGAACUCUCUAUGGAGGACUACGAAUCACUGGCCUCCAUUCUCCAAUCAGCAGACUCACAUCUAAGAGAGCUGCACCUGGACGACAUCGGGGAGCGUGAUCCUGAUGGUGUUGAUGAUCCUGAUGGUGACGAUGAGGCCAGACUGACUGUUCUCUUUGCUGCGCUGACUGUUGUCCUCGCUGCACUGAAACAUCCACACUGUAAACUGGAGACACUGAGACUGGGUGGCUAUAAACUCUCUGAAGAGCACUGUGGGUUACUGCAUUCUGCUCUCCAAUCAGCAGACUCACAUCUGAGAGAACUGGACCUGAGAGACACUAAGCUGUCUGAUGGUGGUGGGAGGGAACUCUUUACUUCUCUGAAACAUCAGAACUGUAAACUGCACAAACUGCGACUGUCUAGCUUUAGACUCUCUGAAGAGGACUGGGGAUCACUGGCCUCCGUUCUCCAAUCAGCAGACUCACCUCUGAGAGAACUGGACCUGGACCUGAGGAACAGUGGACUGUCUGACGGUGGUGGGAGGGAACUCUUCACUGCUCUGAACCAUCCACACUGUAAACUACAGACACUGAGGCUGAAUGGAUGUUCCCUGACAGAGAAAGGGUGUAAAGCAUUGACUUCAGCUCUCAGCUCAAAGUCCUCUCACCUGAGAGAGAUGGAUCUGAGUCACAAUGACCUGCAGGAUUCAGGAGUGAAGGUGCUCUCUGGUGGACUGGGGAAUCCACACUGUCAACUACAGAAACUGAAGCUGUCAUUCUGUAGAGUCACAGAGGAAGGCUGUGCUUCUCUGGCUUCAGCUCUGAGGUCAAACCCCUCCCAUCUGAGAGAACUGGACCUGAGCUUCAAUCACCCAGGAGACUCUGGAGUGAAGCUGCUCUCUGCUAGACUGGAGGAUCCACACUGUAGACUGGAGAAACUCAAUGUGGACCAUACAGAAGAGAUCUGGGUUAAACCACAGCUGAUGACCAAAUAUGCCUGUGAUCUCACACUGGACCCAAACACAGCACACAGAAACCUCUCUCUGUCUGAGGGGAACAGAAGGGGGGAGAGGGUUAAAGAGGAGCAGCCGUAUCCUGAUCAUCCAGAGAGAUUUGAUCACUAUACCCAGGUGUUGUGUAGAGAGGGUCUGACUGGGCGCUGUUACUGGGAGGUAGAGUGCAGUGGGCUGGCUGACAUUGGAGUGACAUGUAAAGGCAUCAGUAGAAAAGGAGAUGGUUCUGCCAGUGAAUUUGGAUACAAUAAGAAGUCCUGGCGUCUGACCUGCCGUGGGAAUCAUUACGGUGCCCUCCACAAUAGUCAAUAUACUACAAUACAUGCUCCACACCUCAUCAACCCUCCUCAACCCCAGAGAGACCAGUCCUCCUCCGCUCCACACCUCAUCAACCCUCCUCAACCCCAGAGAGACCAGUCCUCCUCCCCUCCACGCCUCAUCAACCCUCCUCAACCCCAGAGAGACCAGUCCUCCUCCCCUCCACACCUCAUCAACCCUCCUCAACUCCAGAGAGACCAGUCCUCCUCCCCUCCACACCUCAUCAACCCUCCUCAACCCCAGAGAGACCAGUCCUCCUCCCCUCCACACCUCAUCAACCCUCCUCAACCCCAGAGAGACCAGUCCUCCUCCCCUCCACACCUCAUCAACCCUCCUCAACCCCAGAGAGACCAGUCCUCCUCCCCUCCACACCUCAUCAACCCUCCUCAACCCCAGAGAGACCAGUCCUCCUCCCCUCCACGCCUCAUCAACCCUCCUCAACCCCAGAGAGACCAGUCCUCCUCCCCUCCACGCCUCAUCAACCCUCCUCAACCCCAGAGAGACCAGUCCUCCUCCCCUCCACGCCUCAGAGUAGGAGUGUUUCUGGACUGGCCGGUCGGCACACUUUCCUUCUAUGAGAUCUACUCUGACACAAUGAGCCAUGUGUACACAUUCCAGACCAUAUUCACUGAGCCCCUCUACCCUGGGUUAAGUAUUUCUAAUGAGGGCUCUUCAGUGUCCCUAAGCCAGGUAGAGUAGUCUCCUAUGUCCUGGAGGUACACCUGGGUCUCCAUGGAAACACAGUCACACUCCUGUUCUAAUCCAACCAUGUGACAUGAUGGGGUGUUGUUGUCAGUGAUCAUGACUUCAGAUAUGGACAUUGUAACAGAUAAAUGUUGUUGACUGUGAUCAUGACAUCAGAUAUGGACAUUGUAACAGAUAAAUGUUGACUGUGAUCAUGACUACAGAUAUGGACAUUGUAACAGAUACAUUUAGUUGACUGUGAUCAUGACUACAGAUAUGGACAUUGUAACAGAUAAAUGUUGUUGUCAGUGAUCAUGACUUCAGAUAUGGACAUUGUAACAGAUAAAUGUUGUUGACUGUGAUCAUGACAUCAGAUAUGGACAUUGUAACAGAUAAAUGUUGUUGUCUGUGAUCAUGACAGAUAUUCGUAUUCACACCACUGAGUCAAUACUUUGUAGAAGCACCGUUGGCAGCGAUUACAGUUGUGAGUCGUUUUGAGGCUCUAAUAGCUUUGCACACCUGGAUUGUACAAUAUUAGACCAUUAUUAUCUGUUCAAUUCUUCAAGUUCUGUCAAAUUGUUUGUUGAUCAUUGUUAGACAGCUAUUAUCAAGCCUUGCCAUAGAUGUUCAAGCGGAUUUAAGUCAAAACUGUAAUUAGGACACUCAGGAACAUUCAAUGUCAUCUUGGUAAGCAACUUUUUAUCCUAAAAAAAUGUCUUAAUCCUUGCUGAUGACAAAGAUACUCAUAACAUGAUGCAGCCAUGGGGCGUCAGCGUAGCCUAGUGGUUAGAGCGUUGGACUUGUAACCGGAAGGUUGCUAGUUCAAACCCCCGAGCUGACAAGGUACAAAUCUUGUCGUUCUCCCCCUGAACAGGCAUUUAGCCCACUGUUCCUAGGCCGUCAUUGAAAAUAAGAAUUUGUUCUUAACUGACUUGCCUGGUUAAAUAAAGGUAAAAAAAUUAAUACAAUAAAAAUAAAAUAAUAAAAUAAAAAAUGCUUGAAAAU